AUGACGUAUGAGGUGAAUGAUAAUGAAAAGGUUGGUUCACUUUGUACUUCUCUUUGCCGAAAUAUUUUAUUGAUAUUUUCUCUGCUACUCGUACUAGUUGUGUUUCUUUAUUACAAUGACGACACCACGAGGCAAUUUAAAAUUCAACUAUCGCCUUCGUCGCGACAAAUUCAACCGACACCAGCACAACUUGAUGAAACACAUUUCUACAAAUUUUAUCCAUCCUUGAAAGGUCCCCAUGCCAAACAUAACAAUAAUCACACGCGGAAUUCCUCGUCAUUACCAUCUAUUUUAAGACAACAAGCAAUCGGUAUUUGUAUUAAUUAUAAUCUGGAUCCCGAUGUGAACGGCCAUUCUUUAAAAUCAAUAUUAACCUAUUAUUCUCUGAUACAUCAAUAUUUGGUUAUUCUAACACCGUCACCAUUAGAUAAAUUAUCGCCAAUGAAUCAGAAAAUAUUAAAACAAUUCAAUGUCAGACAAACGUCAAUUGUACAAGAGCCAAAUAAUCAUCUGCUAUUACAACAAAUGAAUACUACACUGCAGCAUCUUAAUAAAACAAAUCUUUAUCACAUUGAAUGUGCUAACACAACACGUGGUUAUUAUCAAUAUAAAUGUAUUUCAUUGUGUGCACAAUUUGGGGAUAAACUUAAGCAAUCUAAUAUAUUGUCAACAUUACAUGGUGUGUUAUAUCUUGCUGAUGAUGUUUUCUUUAAUUUCACUCAGGUAUUUGCUAAUCCGGAACGCUAUUCAUUGGAUGAAUUUUGGAUACCUUCAUCUAUAAAUUAUGUAAAUGUUACAAGUGGAAAGUUAGGUCCUAGAGAAUUAAGAAAUUUUUGGUGGCAUUACCAGAAUGGAUGGCAGCGUUUUUGUGAUAUGUUCAAUAAACAUUUACCUAAAGAGUAUCGAAACGUGUUCAAGAUAUUAUACGGUCCUGACAAUGUUUUAACAACAAGUUAUGCCGAUGUAGUUUAUAUCCCAUUUGCUGAUAAUCAAUUACGAAUGUUUGUAAAAGUCGUUUCUCUGGUCAUGUCCUUAUAUCCAGAAGUUUUUUGCGAAAUUAUAAUAACAACACUUGUUGAUUUAUCUGGUUCAUUGUGCAACCACUGGCCGUAUCAGAACGAUAGAGCUAUUUAUAAUUCAUCCGUCAAUUUAUUGAAUAAUAUUACCAACAUAAAACGAACAUAUUAUAGUCCCGAUCCAUAUAACACUAAUAAAUACAAAUAUCGUCCGUGUUUACUAAACCCUGAUGGAUAUAUUUGGAAUGCGUAUCGAAGAGCAUCUAACUCAUUUAAAAUAGCUCUUACUACGGGUAUAUUUCCAUCGUACCAUUAUAGCUUACUCGAAAACGAAAGCUGGCCAGAACCUACGGAAUUUCGUCAUCCAUUGAAGUUGUCAGAUCCGAAUAGUUGGAAAUCAAAGCUUUGGAAUAACGCAAUGGAAACUCAAAUAUUCAAAUUUCAUCUUCUCCAGACAAAUAAAUUGAACAGGACAGAAUACCAUGAAUUUUAG